AUGACCUCGCGCCCGGGCAGGUCGCUGGGCGGCGGACGCACCUUGGGCAGCGCGAAAGCGCUGUCGCCCGCCGCCGACCCCCGUCCUCACCAACACCACCGCAACUCCAGCUUGCUGUCGCCUUCCGAAAGCUCCGUCUCCCUCGCCUCGCAAUCGUCCGUCUCUCCCGCCUCCACCAUCGACCCCGAGAGCUUGACCGCCCGUGUGAACCUCGAGCAUGCCGACAAUGUCACCGCCGCCUCGGCCAGCUCGCGCCUCGUGUGCCCCAUCUGCAACGAGGAGAUGGUUACAUUGCUGCAGCUGAACCGCCAUCUGGACGACCUGCACCAGAACCUCGAGGAGGUCGAGCAGGAUGAGAUCCAGACCUGGUUCCGCACCCAGAUGGUCAAGGCCAAGAAGUUCCAGCCGCUGGCUGUCCUGAACCAGAAGCUGAAAGGCCUCGAUGUCUUCGAAUCCAACGACUCCCCCUUCAUGCCUGCCCCCGCGCAGCCCUCUGCCGUCCAUACCCAACAGGAAGUGCAGCGCCCGCUGGAUCCAGAGGAGUUGGUUUCGCGAACCCACUGGCAGCGUCCGUCCUACUCCGACCCCUGCAGUGAGCCCAUAUGUGGGAAGAGACUGGGCGCCGCCAACGGUAGCGUCAACUGCAGGAAGUGCGGCCGCCUGUUCUGCGAGGAGCACACUAUGUAUCAGAUGAAGCUUUCGCGAUCAGCCCUGCACGAGCCGGUGCGCGGCAUCUGGUGCCGCGUAUGUGAGACGUGCUACAAGUCAAGAGAAGGCUACAACGACCACAACGGCGCAGAGCGUGACCACACCGCUGCUUUCACCGCCAUCCGCACCAAGCACGUCGACAAGGCUCAUUUGGAUAUCGGUCGUCUGGAGAAGCGUCUCACUAAGCUCACCCAGCUGCUUGCAGAUCCCCCGCCCCCUGAGCAGCAAUCUGGCGCUGGAAGCCUGAUAUGGCCGCUUUCCGGAGCCAAGGCACAACAACGCCUGUUAGAACAAUCCAUAAUCGCAUGGGAAGACGAUGCGAACGUACUGCAAUGCCCAUUCUGCCAGCAGGAAUUCACAAGCUACACGUUCAGGCGACACCAUUGCCGUCUGUGCGGCCGCGUUGUUUGCGGUGACCCAAAGACGGGCUGCUCCACAGAGGUGGGACUGAGCGUUGAAGCGCCAGCUAACAGAUCCUCAGAGAAACCCACUGGCCAAGUGAAUGUCGAUGUGCGCAUGUGCCAAGAUUGCAAGCAUACUCUUUUUAGCAAAAGUGACUUUGCUCGAGAGCUCUCAAACAAGCCCCGCGACGCGCGCUCUUACGAGAAUCUGGUGCAGUUCGAACGUGGUAUUCGGCUGCUCCUUCCGAGAUUUCAGAAGCUUCUUGCUGCUUUGCAGAAUCCUGAAAACCCGCCGUCUCCUGUCCAGCUGCAAGAUGCGAGCAAGGUCCGGAAACGACUGAUGGACGCCUUUGCUCAGUAUGAUACCGCGGCGCGCCGGAUACGUGAUCUUCCUACAGAAUCGCCGACACAAGCCCGGUUACAGAAAGCUGUCUACCAGCAGGCGUACCACUUCCUCAGCCUUCACAUGCUCCCUCUGAAAUCAUUGCCCAAGGUUCUCAAACAUGCUUCUCCGAAUGGGGCCCAAGCAAAACCAAACGGACGUGCCAACGGCGCUCUUGCGGCAAUCAAAUACAACGACAAUGAAAACAGCAGCGUUGCAAGUAGCAGCAGUGCCAUCUCAACCAUGGAAGCAGAAGAAAAGGAGUUGCGGGAACGACUGAUCGUCCUAGAAGAACAGAAGUUCUUCGUGCAAGAGAUGAUCGCCGACGCCAACCGCCGACGCAAGUUCGACGAGGUCAGCUCAUUGGCGCAAAACGUUGAAGACCUGAGCAAGGAAAUUGACCAGAUCAACGGCCAACUCAGCCAACUGGAUUUCGCGGCUGUGUACACCGGGGAGAUGUUCCCGCAGUAG